AUGGAUUGCGGAUUUCCAGUCAAGAUCACCAUCACAAAGUCUGGAAACAAGAAUCGAAGCCAAAAACCCCGUGCAACUGCUUGGUGCCCAGGAAGCUUGUCCGAGGGUCCUUCUUUUGGAAUUGCCAUUUUCCUUUCCACAGUGGAAUUCCUUCUUGCUUUCGCCUUUGACCUGUGCCAAACUCCACUUUUGGCUGUUGCCAGAAAGAAAGUGAAGUUGGCUUUCAUUGAAAAUAACACUGAGAGGAGAGUCUCAUAUAGAAAACGACAAAAGGGAUUUUUAACCAAGGCUCGUGAACUCAACACCCUUUGCGAUGUUGAAUUGUCUACCUUAGUCAAUAGCCCUUACCACAAUGAACCUGAGGUGUUUCCAAAUCAUGAAGCUGCUACCGGCAUCUUUACAAAGUUUAUUGAUCUUCUCGAGGAGAAGAAAUCAAAAAACAUGAAAACACUAGAAAAGAUAACCACGAAAAGGAUCGAGAAAAUUGAGAAGGAACUUGAGAAGGUAAGGAAGGAAAACAAGAAAAUGGAGUAUACAAACCAGAUGUAUGGAUUGUUGAAUGGUGAAGAGAUGCCCAAUAGUAGGCACAUAGAAGAUCUCAACGAUCUCUGUUAUGUGAUCAAUAAAAACCUCAAACCGAUAAAUGAUGGGAUCAAAGCAAAAACUCAUGAAGAAGGUUCUACAUCAAAUGCUCCUCAACCUAUUGCUGGACCGAUGGAUUCUGGUGGGACUAGCUUUGACAUGUCAUGGGCUCCUCUUUUGGCCCCUUUGAUGCUUUAG